GAGAGCUUCGACGCGGUCUCGAGGGUGACUCUGGCCCUGCGCCGCUUGGGCACCAAGAUGAUGGCCGCCGGGGGCAACUCCGAGACCACGAAGCUGAUGUCUGGGAGGGCCAUCAGCUUGUGCAAGGCCGUGGCGGGGCCUAGCGAGGCCAUCGAGUCCCUCCUGGUGGCCCAGGGCGAGGCCAAGCGCAACAUCUCGAAGGCGGACGUGGCGGAGGCUCUCAAAGCCAUGAGCGUCCCGUACAAGCAGAUGGUCGAGCUCUUCAAUGAGAUCGUGAUCCAGGUGAAGUCCGCGGCCAAGGGCAGCAAGACCGCCGACGCGGCCAAGGGCUUGAAGCCGAUCAAGCUUUAG